UCAGGCUCUGCUCGUCUCUGCUCUGCUUGGCUCCGCUCCGCUUGGCUCCUCUGCUCCGCUCUCCUCCAGCCCUUGCCAGGCCCUUUCCCUGCCUGCAGCAGCUCCUCGGCUGCGCAGCGGCGGCCCGCUCGGCAGCUGCAAGCGACCAGAGAGGCGGCGGCGGCGCCGAGGAUGAAGUGCAAGCCGAACCAGACGCGGACCUACGACCCCGAGGGCUUCAAGAAGCGCGCCGCGUGCCUGUGCUUUCGCAGCGAGCGAGAGGACGAGGUGCUGCUGGUGAGCAGCAGCCGCUACCCCGACCGCUGGAUCGUGCCCGGCGGGGGCUUGGAGCCCGAGGAGGAGCCGGACGGCGCGGCGGUGCGCGAGGUGUACGAGGAGGCGGGAGUCAAGGGGAAGUUGGGCCGGCUGCUGGGUGUCUUCGAGCAGAACCAGGACCGCAAGCACCGGACCUACGUGUUCGUGCUCACCGUCACCGAGCUGCUGGAGGAUUGGGAAGACUCGGUCAGCAUCGGCAGGAAGCGAGAAUGGUUCAAGAUCGAAGAUGCCAUCAAGGUCCUCCAGUGCCACAAGCCCGUGCAUGCCGAGUACCUGGAGAAACUGAAGCUGGGCGGCUCCCCGACUAAUGGAAACUCAGCCGCCCCGUCCCAGCCAGAGAGCGAGCCCUAAUGAACAGAAACCAUGCUCAAGAUUACACUGAAGUAAAAUCAUUGAUGUGAAUCCAGUAUUCAGUGGUAUUUUCAAGUUCACCGGAGCACUUUUAAGGUUCCCAAGGAGACCGCUCAUCUGGUUUUCCUUCUACAUCUUGGAACACUCCUCCGUCUGUUUUACCAACAUUUUUGCUCUGGUUGUUGUACUAUUAUUGUAUGUGAGCGGACUUAAUUCAGCACCUAUAGCCUUUUGUUGUGCUUUACUGAUGUGUCUGCCUUGUUCAUUAGACUAUUAUCUUUGAAAGCAACGACUAUUUUUCCUUAACUCUGCAUAUCCUGCAUCCAAGACACUACUUGAAAUAUGGUUGGCAUCACUGGAGGGCUUUGAUUCAAUUCAUAUUUUGUAAUCUCUUUGUGGCAAACAUUUCCUUUCCAAUCUGGUGCUAGGAGAGUGGCUGCUGUCUAAGCACCAUGUGUGUGGCUUGUGUGUAUCAGGUGUUUCGUCAUCAUUGCAGGACAGGUGGAGAUGUUCACCGAGAAGCGUUAGCAUUCA